AUGGAGGCUACAAACGGUGUGGCGGCCCCCCAGGCGGGAGGCAUGGCUGCGGUGCCGAAGGCAGACUUGGGUGACUGCAGAUUCUAUGAGGAGCGUUUCCCCGAUGUGGAAGAUUUGGUUAUGGUCAAAGUCAACCGAAUUGCCGACCUCGGCGCCUACGUCAGCCUUCUCGAGUACAACAACAUGGAGGGUAUGAUUCUCAUGAGUGAACUGAGCAAGCGACGAUUCCGUAGUGUCAACAAACUCAUUCGCGUUGGACGCCACGAGGUCGUCAUGGUUCUUCGCGUUGAUCCCAAGAAGGGAUACAUCGACUUGAGCAAGAGACGUGUGAGCCCCGAAGAUAUCGUCAAGUGUGAAGAGAAGUUCAGCAAGUCCAAAAAGGUGCAUCAGACUGUCCGCCACGUCGCGCAGAAGCACGGCAUGAAGGUUGAUGACCUGAACCGUUCCGUCAUCUGGCCGCUGUACCGAAAGUACGGCCACGCGCUUGACGCCUUGAAGGAGGCGGCCAUGCGCCCAGACGAAGUUUUCGCAGGCCUCGAAGUCGAUGAAGAGGUCCGGAAGUCGCUCAUUCAAGACAUCCAGUUGCGUCUCGCGCCCCAGGCUCUCAAACUGCGCGCGCGCGUGGAUGUGUGGUGCUUCGGCAAGGAUGGCAUCGACGCCGUGAAGGCUGCGCUGCAGGCUGGACAAGAAGUCGGCGACAAGGAGGUGACUAUCAACAUCAAGCUUAUUGCGCCUCCGCAGUACGUUGUCGUCACGUCGUGCUACGAUAAGGAACUCGGCAUGAGGAAAAUCGAAGAGGCGAUGAAGGCGAUCAGCGACAAGAUCAAGAGCGCCAGCGGAGGCGACUUCAAGCAGCAGGGGGAGAUUGUCGUCAUGGGAGGCGAAGAGGAGAGACGGUUGGAAGAGCUCCUGGAGGAGGCCGACGAAGACGACAGCAGCGAGGAAGAGGAAGAAGAGGAUGAGGGAAUGGGUCGCGUCGAGGGCGACAUCCCUGAAGACGAGCUCGAGGACGACGACGAAGAGGAUGAGAAGGCAGGCGAUGACAAGGCGUAA